AUGUCCUUUUCCACUAUCCAAUUAUUUCUCUCUCUCCUUCUCUCUCCUCCCUCUCUCUUUCUCUCUCUCUUUCUCUCUCUCUCUCUUUCUCUAUCUCUCGCUGUCAGCACCUGUUUCUCUUUGUCUUUCUAUUUCUCAAUAUUCUGUAAAUUCGCGUAUGUUGAGAUUAUGAACAUUAUUUCUCCCUCUCUCCUUCUCACUCUCUCUCUCUCUCUCUCUCUCUCUCUAUCUAUCUCUACAUCUAUCUAUCUAUCUAUCUAUCUAUCUAUCUAUCUAUCUAUCUAUCUAUCUAUCUGUACUUCUUUUAUUGUGUAUCUAUCUUUGCCUCUGGAUGUGCGUUUUUACCAUCUUUCUCUUCCGAGAUCUUUUUCUUUAUUAUUAUUAUCGUUCUCUCUCUCUCUCUCUCUCUCUCUCUAUCUAUCUAUCUAUCUAUCUAUCUAUCUGUCACGCUCUUAUGUGUCUCGCUGUCGGUGUAUAUCUUUCUUGCUGUUUGUAUGUGUUUCUUUCUUUCUCUCUGUCUCUGUAUGUCUCUCUCCUCCACUCUCUUUCAAAGAGCAGCUCUCAACAAGUUCCUCCCCUCUCUCUUCACAGCCAGCCUAA